AUGGAUCUUGUUAGCGAAGUAACAACUCAAAGUGCAAAACAUAUUGUAUAUAAGGAAGGAGCAUUGCUAUCAUUAAUAAGCUAUGUUUUGCGCACUUAUGCUUAUUUGGUUAUUGGUACAGUACUCGCACUGGUCAAUAUACCCAUCUUUUUCCUUGUGGUAACUCGUAAAACACUAAGGAACACCUAUUUAGUUCUUGCAUUUGUAUUCCUCAAUAAUGGAUUUACCGGAAUCAGUUCGAUAUUACUGGGAAUGAAACGAUUAAUUGAUACUGCUAGUGGAGAACGGAGUAUUGAUCAUCACCACUGUGUGUUGAAUGUGCCUCUUCUUCUUCUCACAGCUUAUUCUUUAAAUGGAUUAAGUUUGUUAAUGAACAGUAUGGAAAGGUUUUCUGUUGUAGCAUUUCCAAUAUAUUACUAUACUCACAGUACACGAAUAUGUUAUUCAGUAAUUGCUGUCCAAUAUACGAUUACUAUCAUUGCAAUAACUACUACCACUGUAGCAAGUUUCAUUGAACCAGCUCGACGUAUAUCUAAUUUUUGUUUAUUACAAAGUGUAUAUUCGCCCAUUUUUUAUAAAGCAUUGAUACUAAUGACCUCUACUACUUCAUUGCUGAGUAUUGCUUUUAUGGUCACCAUAGUUGUCAUCCUGAAAAGGAAGUUUGGCGCAAAAUUCCUUUCAAGUCAUUCGCAUAACCGCGAUUUAUCGCAGUUUCUCAAAAAUCAAAAACGAUACACUCAAACAGCAUUGAUCUCUUGCUGUUUCACAUUUUUCCUUGCUGUGGUACCAUCAAUGGUGCAAUAUAUUUACAUAUUGGAUCCUACGUCAAGAUCACGCACCAUUGUGAUCGCUUGCGUAUAUUUACCAUUCCUGAAUUCCUUCAACAUGAUAACCUUAUUCAUAUGGCGUCAAGGCGAUUUUCGGCGUGCAACAAUUUACAGUUUGAAAUGGCUAUUCUGUGGACGGAAGCAUCAGAUUCAACCGACCACUGUUGUGGAGUUUUGA